AUGGUUCAGUCAUCCAUUCUCGGCUUCCCUCGUAUGGGCGCGAACCGCGAGCUCAAGAAAGCGACCGAGGCCUACUGGGGCAACAAACUAUCACAAGAAGAACUCCUCAAGGAGGGAAAGAGACUGAGGCUCGAGCACUGGAAGAUCCAAAAAGAUGCCGGCAUCGAUAUCAUCCCAAGCAAUGACUUUGCGUUCUACGACCAAGUCCUCGACCACAUCCAGCUGUUCGGCGUCAUCCCAGAGCGCUACUCGAAGUACAACCUCGCCCCAAUCGAUGAAUACUUCGCUAUGGGCCGUGGCCUGCAGAAGCCAGCUCAGGAUGGUGCAGAUGCGGUAGACGUCCCGGCUCUGGAGAUGGUCAAAUGGUUCGACUCGAACUACCACUAUGUCAAGCCAACGCUUCAAGACAACCAGACCUUCAAGCUGGCAUCUGACCCAAAGCCUGUCCGGGAAUUCCUCGAGGCGAAGGAAGCCGGCAUCACCACACGACCUGUCCUUGUCGGACCAGUCUCUUUCCUCCAUCUCGGAAAGGCGGACCGUGGUCAAUCCAUCACACCUCUUUCUGCUCUUGACAAGCUCCUGCCUCUCUACGUUGAUGUCCUGAAGCAGCUCAAGGAAGCUGGCGCCGAGGUCGUGCAAAUCGAUGAGCCAAUCCUUGUCUAUGACCUCCCGGAGGAAGUCAAGGCUGCUUUCAAGCCCGCGUAUGAGGCUCUGACUGCGUCUGGCUUGCCCAAGCUGGUCGUUGCUACAUACUUUGGAGACAUUGUCCACAACCUGGAUGCCGUUGCUCAUCUCAAGAGCGUCUACGGUGUACACAUCGACCUUGUUCGAAAUCCAGAACAACUCGAGACUGUCAUCGGUGCUCUAGGAGACAAGCAGGUUCUCUCUGCUGGUGUCGUUGAUGGUCGUAACAUCUGGAAGACUAACUUCAAGCGUGCUAUCGAGACCGUCGAGUCUGCUGUCCAGAAAGUUGGCAAGGACCGUGUGAUCGUUGCUACAUCCAGCUCCUUGCUCCACACUCCUCACACUCUCGCCAGCGAGAAGAAGUUGGACAAGGAAGUUGCUGACUGGUUCGCUUUCGCUGUUGAGAAAGCCACGGAGGUCGCCACAAUCGCCAAGGCUGUCACAGAGGGUCCCGCUACUGUCCGAGAUGCUCUCGAGGCCAACGCCAAGUCUAUGCAAGCUCGUGCCUCAUCAAGCCGCACCAAUGACAAGGCCGUUCAGGAGCGUCAACGCCAGGUCACAGAAGAGAUGCACAACCGCAAGAGCCCCUUCCCAACCCGCAUUGCCCAGCAAUCGAAGAGACUAAAUCUCCCACUCUUCCCCACAACUACUAUUGGAUCCUUUCCUCAGACCAAGGAGAUCCGCAUCCAGCGCAACAAGUUCACCAAAGGCGAGAUCACAGCUGAGCAGUAUGAGAAGUUUAUCGAAAAGGAGAUCCAGGAUGUCAUUGCCAUUCAAGACGAACUCGAGCUCGACUCUACGUUCACGGCGAGCCAGAGCUCAUACGGUUCUCGCUGUGUCCGCCCGCCCAUCGUCGUCGGUGACAUCUCUCGUCCUCAGCCCAUGACCGUGAAGGAGUCAAAGUAUGCUGCCUCCAUCUCCAAGAAGCCGAUGAAGGGCAUGCUCACUGGACCCAUUACCUGCCUGAGAUGGUCCUUCCCUCGUGACGACGUUCACCAGUCCGUGCAAGCCCAGCAGCUUGCCCUGGCUCUGCGUGACGAGGUCGUCGAUCUCGAGAAGGCUGGCGUCUUCGUCAUCCAGGUCGAUGAGCCUGCUCUUCGUGAAGGUCUUCCUCUUCGCGUUGGCAAGGAGCGCACUGACUACCUGAAGUGGGCUGUCGAUUCCUUCCGCCUUUCCACCGCUGGUGUCGAAGAUGGCACCCAGAUCCAUUCGCAUUUUUGCUACUCGGAGUUUCAGGACUUCUUCUACGCUAUUGCGGCUCUCGAUGCCGACGUUCUCUCGAUCGAGAACAGCAAGAGUGACGCUAAGCUCCUGAAGGUCUUCGUGGAUGAGGCAUAUCCCCGUCACAUUGGCCCUGGUGUCUACGAUAUCCACUCGCCGCGUGUGCCCAGCCAACAGGAGAUCGAGGACCGCAUCAAGGAGAUGCUCCAGUACCUGAAGCCGGAACAGUUGUGGAUCGACCCCGAUUGUGGCCUCAAGACGCGUCAAUGGAAGGAAACAAAGGCCGCCCUGACCAAUAUGGUUCAGGCCGCCAAGGCCUUCCGAUCGCAGUACCAAAAGUAA